UAACUGGAUAUUCCGACCGCGCAAUUUAACCGCCAUUGAUGUCAUUUCUUCAGCUGUUUUUGUUUAAUUCUUUGGUUUAGAAAGCAUUUAUUUACACUUUUUUUGUGACAAUCAAGAAUGGCAGUUCCGAAGAAUUUUUGGAUGUCCAAUCGGCAUGCUUGAAUGGCUGGAAGACAGUUCAUCAAGUAGACAGUCUUUAAGCAGUGACGAGGAGACUGAUGACGGAGAGCAUAUAGAUCAUGAUUAUAAUCUUCCACAAAGACAUAAACACGUUAAUAAAGGUCGUUGGUCAAGAGAAGAGGACGACUUACUUAGGAGAGUAGUAGAGUUACAGAAACACAAUAAUACAGAUUGGAAGAAAGUUGCUCAGUAUUUUCGUGAUAGAAUUGACAUACAGUGUCAGCAUCGCUGGUUUAAAGUACUUAAUCCUGAACUUAUUAAAGGACCCUGGACAAAAGAGGAGGACGAAAAGGUGAUAAAACUUGUCAAGGAACUAGGACCGAAACGUUGGACUGUGAUCUCACGUCAUUUGAAAGGUCGAACUGGUAAACAGUGUAGGGAAAGGUGGCAUAAUCAUCUAAACCCAGACAUCAACAAGUCAGCUUGGAGAGAAGACGAAGAUAACUUGAUAUAUGCCUUACACAGAGAGCUAGGCAAUAGGUGGGCAGAGAUCGCUAAAUACUUGCCUGGCAGAACAGACAAUGCUAUAAAGAACCAUUGGAAUUCUACUAUGAAAAGAAAAUAUGAAGAAGAUUUAGAGAAGAGACAAGUUUUAUAUACCUACCCAUAUACACCCAGCAGUGUGGUUAACAUGCAGGGGAUUCAUCCAGUAAAACUGUUUCCUAAUCAGCACAGCACAGAGGCAGUUGUAACUGUUCAAAAUUACGACUCUAAGAGUGCAGGACUGAGUGGAUUAUCGUCAAUAGAACUUGUACAAGGAACAACACAGCAGACUAGAUAUUCAGCAAAAUUUACAUCUCUUCAUUCUAAAGAGUAUAGAUUUAAUGGUAAAGCUAUCCAGAAGUUAAGAAGUCCUGGUUGUCUGAUACCAAUCAGUUCUCCAGCUGUAUCUAGAUUUACUAGUCCACCAGCUAUUCUUAGGAAAAGGAAAAGAAAGCUGAUCCAGUCUUGUCCAGUUAACUCAUCUACUGAUUCAGACAGUUGGCAGAAAAUAAAACAGGGAACCUAUAAACAACCAAUAAAGGAUGACAUUGAGAACCAGUGUCCAGAUAUAUCUACUGAAACCCAAGUGGAAUUUAAAAAGGAACCAGUCACUCCAACUGGUACUCCAAUUAAAAACCUGCCAUUUUCUCCAUCACAAUUUUUAAACAGUCCAGAAGUACACUUUGGGAAACUGACAUCCACGCCUGUCUGUAGUAAUCCUAAUUUAGCUACGCCUACACCAAAUACAUCACUCAAUACACCAAUUACCAAGCUAUCUGACAGAUCUACUUUAAAUACUCCAUGUAUUAGAAGAACCAUAUUAGAUGCCACACCUAGGACGCCAACUCCAUUCAAAACAGCAUUGGCAGAGAUUGAAAAGAAAUCAAAAGUCUUGCAAGAUGUUAGUCCAGGUCAGAUUGAAAAAGAUAUAGAUGAGAUGAUGAAAGAAGAUACAGGCUAUGAUGCUGACAUGUCAACUAUGACAAUGUAUGUCACACCAAGGGAGAGGAAACAAAAGGGUGCUGCUAAGAAGGCAAGACAGUCAUUGGCAAACAAAUGGUCAGCAUCUGACAUGAACUUCUCAGAGUCUAUGGUCAUGUCUCCAGAAACACCAAGUAAAUCUUUACUUGGUGAUACCAGUAUUUUAUUCUCACCGCCGUCCAUUAUCAAGGACACCCUAGCAGAGGAAGUCAUGGAUGAUGUCUUCAAUCAGCAAAGAGAUAAUGAGAAGAAGGAAGUAAAGAGGUUUAAGUCUAGUAAAAGAAUAACAUUCCAGGAAAAUGAAGUAAAAGAUACAAAACAAGUUGCUAAGCUUAAUGCUGCCUAUGAACGUAUUGCUUGUGGUAAAACAGAAGACCAAUUAUUGAUGACAGAGUUGGCAAGACAGAUAUUUAAAUCCAUAAAACGACCUGUAAAUAGACGGACUUCAUGAUAACAUGUGUUCAAUGUUAGACUUCUGUGAAGUUGUGAAAUCACCUUAUGUGUUCAUAUCAAUGACAACAGUGUCGAUGUCUAUAUUUAUUCAUGUGACUGAUAAUAGACAGCUUUAGAUGAAUUAGAUGAUAGGAACUAAUGUAAAAAAAGGAAUUCUGGAUAUUCACCAUGUUCGCUAUGUAUAUAUAAAGUAUAUAUUUACACAUAGAAUUAGUGCUCAACAACUAAUAUACCAUAGAAAACUUUUAUGUGUACUAAAUCAUUAACUGUAAGAAUAAUUUCAGUUCUAUUUUAGAAAACUCCAAAUAUGUGAAUACUGGUCUUCUGUUACAUGAUAUAAACAACCAGACAGCAGAAUGAGACAAAGUUCACAUUACAGAAUCUGAAAUCCUAUUCCUACUUUAUAUGGUACCUUGUAUUUUAGAUACUUGAAUUGAACAUUGUUCCUCUUUUUAUAGCUUAAUUAAUUGUGAUUUUUUUUCUAAGUCAUUUAUAGAGUGUUGUGUUGAUACAAAGAGUGUACCAUUUUGUUAAAUGUAGAUAGAGACUGGUCUCUAGUUAAUGAAUGGCUUGAUUUUAUGUAGCACUAAAUGAGGAUAUUUUUUUUAAAUAAAUGAAAAAAAUAGGUAACUGAAGAGAGUAAAUGCAUUGUCACUUUUAAGAAUAUCAGAAAAUGUACUUUUCUAUAGAUGAAAGUUUGUAUUAUUUUAUUUAGUAUUAUAGUGUGUAGAAUGAUGCAUGUAAAUUAACACACAUUAACUCAGCUCAAAACAAAAAGCAAUACCCAUUUGAUUUCAUAUUUCAUUCAAUGUGAUAUUCUAACAUUCUUUUAAUUUUUGAAAAAUAAUUAACAGUAAAGUAGUAUCAGACUUCAGGAUAUUUUAUAGUACAACUUAAAACCAAGUACAAUUUAAAAAGUAUAAUUAGUAUUGCCCUCGAACCCUUGAACACCAAUGUUAGAUAAGAAUCCUUGUUAAUGUUUAUAUUGUUAUAGUAGAGUAGUAUAAUUAAUUUAUUACUGCAGUAUGUAUGCCUGAGAAAUGGCAGUCUUCUUUUUUUUUAAGUAUUGUUGGAAACAUUUGCACAUUUUCAUUUUAAACCUUGUAAUACAUUAAACCUUUGAAAAUGAAUGAACAGAUAUUUGGGUGAAUUUAUCUAUGAGACAGCAACCUAAAAUCAUUAAACAGUAUAUCACUGACAAGUAUGGGGAAUAAUCUCAGAAUCCACCAUAGACGGGGGAUAGGACCUUUAUUGGGAUUCCAGGAUCGGGUGUUUUUAAGCUCAGGAUUUCGGGAUCCGUGAAUUUCUUUUUUUGAAUUUCGGGACCUCAGGAUUUCUUGUAUUUAAGCUCGGGAUUUCAUGUUUUUAAGCCCGGGAUUUGGGGAUCAGGACACAUCCUACCCCCACUCACCAUAGAUACUCAUUUAUGAACAUGUGAAUUUCAUGUCUUGUCAUGUAGUUAACAUUUCAAAUUCUUUGUAUUGUAUACAUCUUAGUUCAGACCAAAAAAUCAAUUUGUUUUGGAAAAAGUCAACAAUUUUUUGUAGACAUCUUUUUUCUUUCUGAUUUUGACAUCAAUUGUUCUAAAUUUAGAGAAUGAAAUUAUACACUGGUAUUUCAAAAAAAUCUGUUUGUUUUUUUGAUAAUUGGAAAGAUGUAUUAGGAGUAGGCUAAAUCUACAAACAAUUUAACCCUUUCCUCCAUAAUGACGCUUUUUGACGCCACCCCCUUUCCUCCAUAAUGACGCCUGUGUAGUACAUCAGUUGAAACGCUUUGACUAUAAAAUGUCUGCAUCAGACUUAAAAAAAAUUGUAUCCAAUAUGAAAAGGACAUUCAUAAAAAUAUUUGAUUUUAAUUUCAUUGAUGAAAUAUUCGUUUUCACAAUGCAUUAAUAAUUUAAACCUGAUAAAUUUUUUUUAUUGAAAAAAUCCUAUGUGAAUUAAGUAUGUGAGAAAAAAUAUUCCAUGGAGGAAAGGGUUAUUUUAAACUACAUCUGCAAACAUUAAGUAUUUAUUCAACCAAUUACAUAAGUGAAAUUAUGUAGCCUGGAAGAUAAGAAAGGUUUUAAAGUUCAUUUAUUCUGCAGGAAUAUUUUUAUAUCAGAAAAAGACCAAGAUUCAAAUGGAAAUGUGCAAUAUGUGUAACACACAUGUUUGUUGUGCAUCUGUUUUUGUUUUUGUUGGUAGAUAUUUAUAUUUUGUUUGAGGAAUGUGCUAACAUUUUGUAAAACUGUUGAAACAUUCUAUAAAAUUUUGUUUACUGAGUUUUAUGUGAAUGCAAGAUGAAUAAAAACAGAAAUGAUUGAUUUUAA